AUCGCUUACCGAGCGAUGUGUCGUGUUACAUAUUUUUUUUGAAUAAAAACGCGAAUCGUAACUUUUAUAAUUAAUACCAGUCGUUCGAUAAAUCGUUUCGAAAAGUUGUCGCUGUAAAAAAGCUCAACCCGAAAUACUAUUCAUUUUUAUAUUAAUAUUAUUAUUAUUAUUUUUUUUUUUUUUUUGUAAAAACUUGUUUAGACGCGAAGUGUACGCACAGAUAACAUCAGUCGAAGGAUUCGCAAGAUGGCUACGUGGUGCUCCGCAGUAAUGGUGUUGCUAGCAGUUGGCCGAGGCCUGGGCCGACCCGAAGCGCCGCUCACCGGUUUCGGCGGAGGCGGUGGCGGAUUCCCCGGGCUCACGCUGGACAGCUACGCGGCUCCGAUCAGUGGUGGCAGUAGCAGCGGACCGUACCCGAGUGGCGGCCCGCCACCGCAAUACGGGCCACCGCAACAGGCGCCCGUCAUACACAAGCACGUGUACGUGCACGUUCCACCCCCAGAGCCCACGUACUACGCUCCGAAGAAGCCUGUGCAACCGCCGCCACCACCGCAGAAACACUACAAGAUCGUGUUCAUCAAGGCGCCCACGCCGCCGCCGCCCACCGUUCCGGAUAUACCGGCGAUCGCGCCGCCAGCCGAGCAGAAAACGCUCAUCUACGUGCUGGUGAAGAAACCGGACGAAGCGCCCGAGAUCCACAUCCCGACGCCCGCGCCCACACAGCCGUCUAAACCGGAAGUGUACUUCAUCAGAUACAAGACCCAGAAACAAGAAGGCUACCCCAACUCGGUGGCGUCCGAGUACGGAGCUCCUGCGAGUCCGUCUCCAUCGAUCCCAUCGGACACGUACGGCUCCCCAUCACCAUCCACAGGAUACGGCGCGCCCAGCGGUCCAGGAUCACUGUACUGAUGGAAAGAUAAACUGCCACCGAAUCAAGACCAAGACACGACACUUUGAUGUGAUACCUAAGUCGUCUAUUGUAUACAUAGCUACUAUAUGGUCGAAAAAUGGAAACGAUUAGGUUAUAUUAGUUAAACAAGCAAUAUCAAAUAAAAUAAGAGUAUAUAUCUAUAGGUUAUGCACGCCGACACACUGGCACACUGCGCAGUUGUACAUUAUAUUUUUAUUAUUAUUAUAUUAAUUAUAUCCGAACGUAGGACGACGAUAACGCGUAUAUAUUUAUAUAUAUAUAUAUAUAUAUAUUAUUAAAUUUAGUGUUGCCAUAAGAAAAAAAAUCUUAGAAUACGAGAAACGUCAGUUUCAAUAAUAGGUAAUAUAUAUUUAACGACCUAUUAUUGUUGUUAACAAAAACGACCAAAAUUGAAUACAUAAAACACCAUUUACGUUAAACAUAAAAUACGAUUUAUCAUUAAUAUUAUCAUUAGUCCACCACCGCACCCUCAUAAGUCAUAUGUUUUGCACGAAAAAACGCACUUGCCAUUUCCGUCACAUUUAAAAAAAAAAAAAAAAACGAAUUUUUAAAGUCGUUGUACAUCUCAUCCUUACGGCCCCGUCCCUACAAGAUACGUCGUUGUCUAUGUACAUACACAAUAUACACACAUGAUACAUAAAUAUAUGAUACACUAACGUGCCUACAUAAUCGUUAUUGUUUAUUUUGUCCGGGUAAUGAUCAUUCCAUUAUUACAAAAAAGACGUAUUGUCAUAGUAUCAUAACUUCAAUAUUAUCACGUGUGUGAAUAUGUUCGCGUGAGUGCGUGACCGUCAAGAUGUUUUCACUUUCUCUCGCUCUCAGCGUAUCUACCUAUUCAGAAUUCUAAAUUUUCGUAAAAUUAUUAUGCAACUGGAUUUUUUUCACUUUGACGGAUUCCGUGAUACGUAUAUGGAUGUAUAACAUUAUAACACACGCACAACACGUUAUUGAAUAUACGUAUAUUAUACAAUCGUAUUCACAUGAUAUUAUAAUAAUAUUAUACAAUGUGUUCUGUUAACUGCGACGACGUUGUUGGAUAACCAAAUAUUAAACAUUUUUUUUCCGUUUUAAACACACAAGCAUUUGGGUAAUUAAUGUGAAAAUCGGACUGUUAUAGCAUCAAGCGAAA